UUCCUGUUCAAAACCCCCAGGGGUCAGGAGGGUACCCUCAGGGCAGGCGAGUCUCAGAUUGGUAAACACCUGAACUGGUCAACUCUCAAGAGAUCAUCUGGUUCAGGCUCCUGACUAGGCCUGCGAGGUGGGAUGACCCCACCUUACAGAUUAGGCCCCGCCCCUGAGACCCAGAGAGACAAAUGACUCACCAGGGUUGCACCGCUGGCGAGAGGGAGAGAGGAUCCCACGAGUUUUUCUUUUGGAUGCAGCUUCCUUGAGUUCAGGGCAGGAGGCAGGAUGAGGGGAGUGGUGGUGAGGUGGUGGGGGUGCCUCUCAGACCUGCCCCUCCCUGCUAAGGCCUGGCUUCUCCAAGGGCCUGAGGGCAGAGAAGCACAGGGCCAGGCUCUCCUUGUGCAAGUUCCCGCGGGAGGGAGGCUUCUAGGGCAUCUCAUGGGCUGGGGCAGACUGGGACCGAGCCAGCCCUGGGUGUUGGGGAUAAGAAGAGGUGGCAGAGAAUCCGGGAGUGCUUAAGGAGCCCCGCAGUGGGGAGUGUGGGUGGUGGGGUGGGAUGCUGUCUCUUUGAGGAGUUUGCGGUGAUGUUGGGGCAAUGAGACCUCCACACGGGGAAGUAACAACAGGACACCAGGGAGAUAAAUUAGGAGGGGCUGGUGUGGUCCGGGAGGGCUGCUCAGAGGAGGGGGAGACUGCGGGGCCUGAAGCCUGAUGGAGGUUAGGAUGGGUCUGGGAACAGUCUCUGAGAAACACAGAGGGCAGAGGUGAGCAGGGGGGUUGGCCUGGAACUCUGCUGUGAGUCACACCCUUGUUCUGUGACAGUGAGGAUGGCCAGGCCUCUGGAGCAGGCGGUAGCUGCCAUCGUGUGCACCUUCCAGGAAUAUGCAGGGCGCGCAUCAGCCCACAGCAGGAAGGCAGUAUCCACUCUCCCCUGUCCCCUGCUAUGGGCAGGGCCUGGCUGGGGUAUAAAUAGGUCAGACCGCUGGGCCGUCCCCAUUCUUCCCCUCUCUACAACCCUCUCUCCUCAGCGCUUCUCUUUUGGUUUGAUCCUGACUGCUGUCAUGGCGUGCCCUCUGGAGAAGGCCCUGGAUGUGAUGGUGUCCACCUUCCACAAGUACUCGGGCAAAGAGGGUGACAAGUUCAAGCUCAACAAAUCAGAGCUAAAGGAGUUGCUGACCCGGGAGCUGCCCAGCUUCUUGGGGAAAAGGACAGAUGAAGCUGCAUUCCAGAAGCUGAUGAGCAACUUGGACAGCAACAGGGACAACGAGGUGGACUUCCAAGAGUACUGUGUCUUCCUGUCCUGCAUCGCCAUGAUGUGUAAUGAAUUCUUUGAAGGCUUCCCAGAUAAGCAGCCCAGGAAGAAAUGAAAGCUUCUCUGAUGUGGUUGGGGGUUCUGCCAGCUGGGGCCUUCCCUGUCGCCAGUGGGCACAGUGCCCCACCCUGGCCCCUUCAGACACGUGCUUGAUGCUGAGCAAGUUCAAUAAAGAUUCUUGGAAGUUUUGA